GGUACCCUUCCUUGGAACGGACGAGUCUAUGCUGCUGCGUGGGACUCAUCACAACAUUGCAGAUCAAGAUUCUACAUCUCCGUGAUGAGACAAUACACCACGUCCCGGGCCAUGGCCAGUCGGGGAGCCUCGUGCGUGGCCUGCUGCCAUGUUUGCGUUUUCGCGUUUACUGCAUUUCUCAUUGUGGCUGAGCGGACUGCGCUGAUCUACUGUUUUGUGUACUACCUGUGGGUGGGGCAUAACUACUGUUACGCCCACUGGGCGGGGCUUACGGCCUUGUUCCUCCUCCCUGGGUGGGGUCCCCAGUUGCUCAGUUGGCUGUGGUACCAGGCGGAUGGACGUAUACGCAGCAAAGACCUCAAAUGGACUCACAUCCUACACCUGGGCAUCUUUAGAAGGUUAUGGGAGACUAUGACGUCCGCUAGAGAGGAUCAGUGUAGCGAGAUAAUGCAGCAGGCUGACGUUUCAGCUCUCCGCCUGCUGGAGGCGCUGGUGGUCACUCUGCCACAGACCGUCCUGCAGACGUACGUCCUCAUCUGUACCGAUGUAGGACUGUCUUCACCAGUGUCAGUGUGUUUUGUGGUGUGUCUGCUGUCCCUGGCCUGGGCCUUAGUGCUGUAUGCCAGAGCCUGUUCCCUCAUCAGACCUGGACAUCUCCCCAUGUCCCCUGCUGCAUUCGCCUGUAGACUGCUCUGGAGGGUCAGCAUGUUGGGAGCACGUCUCGCCACCCUCACACUCUUCACACGCCUGUUCCGUCAGUGGGUCCUUGGAGUUAUUGGUCUUCACUGGUUGGGUGCUACGUUCUGGUUGGUGUCUCAGCAGAGUGACAUCAUCAAAACGCCGCUGCGCUGGCGCCUGUUCAACCUGGUGCUGGGAGCUGUUCACAUCUUCCUCUUCCUCAACGUCAAGGACGGAGCCUCCCGAUGCCGCAUGGCCGGAUUCUACCUGGCCAUGUUUAUCGAGAACGCUCUUCUUCUGCUGGCAGGUUCCGACUUCUUCAGUGCUGCAUCAUGGGAUAGCAUGGGUAUCCCAACCGCUGUGUUCUGUAGUUUCCUCAUUGGUGUAAUAGCUAUAGUCCUGUAUUACCGGUUCCUCCACCCCAAGUCCUUUGAGAUCUUCCAGAGCAUACGUCACCAUGGAAUGGGCGGAGCUUGUGCCGACCGGGGCUCUUCUCUCUCAUUGGAUGAGAAGAGCCAUCGCCACGGUCAACUUGUGGGGGGCGGUACUUUGUUGGACCUCCCUAGCCAAUGGCAGGGCUGGAAGCACCACCACUGGCUGCUUAUUCGCCUAGCCCUGAAGACUGGGGAUGUGGCUAGAAUAAGCCAUGCCUAUGGCGAAGGGGGAUUGGCUGGGCUGCUGGGACUGCGGGAAAUGGCGCUGCCAAGGUCCCCGGACAUUCCGCAACAUUCUCUCAACGUUCCACAACCUUCUCCGAACAUUCCACAACCUUCGCCGAACGUUCCACAACCUUCUCCCAACCUUCCACAGGUCAAACAGGUGGAGGAGGUGAUAAAGGCAGCCCCAGCAAGAGACAUCAUCAGUGAGGUGAGACAGGCGGUGAGACAUGAGGUGAGACAGGGGCUGUCCUCUCCCUCUCCCAUCCAGGAGGUCAAGCUGCCGCUGGUGGAGGUCCUAGUUGAGGAGGUCAGAGCCUGCCACCACUCUGAGCCUGCCACCCCGCAGGACGACUCCAGCCCCCCUCCCUCCAACGAUCGAGAUGACGAAGACUUCCAGAGUGCUGCCUAUGGCUCCCCUACACCCUCGUCCCCCAGGCACCCAGACUACCGACACAUCGACAGCAACGUGGUCACCUCCAACACCCAAGGGUCACCUUCUGCGGGGUCUCUGGAUGUCAGACGUGGUUCGUCUCCAGAGAAAAGGUCACCGUCCCUGCUGAUGGGCAUGGGAAGCCCCCAGCGGAACUUUAACCCCGCGGAGUCCGGCACCACCUUGUAUUUCAGCGCUGACGUGGUCUCCCCGUCCAGCGGCAGCUACCUGGGCUGGGGCUCUGAGCUGUCACCCAUCUCCAGCUACCGGAGCCCCUACCGCAUCAGGGAGCCCCUCUUCACCUCCACCCCCAGACAGGAGCCUCGUGCUGGGCCAGAGGAACCAGGCCCUGGCCCCUCUACUACCGCCACCACCGCCAUCACCACCCAUGCUAGAAAACAACUGGUCCAGUUUGUAGACCAUAGAGAGAAAUUGAUCUAGAGGGGCCAAUGGGUGGAGCGAGAUGAUCAGACCUCGUCAAAUACUCUCAAAUACAUGUUGACGUGUGUUUGAUUUAGCUCGACCGGUGUGCAGCUGGGUGGCGGAGUUUACACUUUUGGGACUAUUUCAUUAGUUCCAUUGUACCACUGUUCCAUUCCAAGCUAAAUCAAGCGUGCAUAAAGUAUUUGAAAGUAUUAAGGCCCAAGGGGGUGUGGUAUAUGGCCAAUAUACCACGGCUAAGGGCUGUUCUU